UACCACUGCCACAAAUUGAGCUUUGCUCUCUCUACGAUUUGAAUGCAUGCAUUGAUGAAGUCAGUUUCCUCUAACCACUCUGGUCAGCGUUUUUAUCUUAUUUUUACACAUGAGGUUGAUGGUAAGGCAAAUGAUUUCGCCUUCAGAUUUUGGCCAACAUUAGUGUGAAUGAGCCCAUCCAGGAGAUGUUAAGAGUACACCAAGGAGGCUCUACUUGUGCUCGCUGCAACAAUCAGUCUCUUUCAUACAACAGCCCUUUUGUCGGGGUCUUGCUUUGUGAGUUAAUCAUCAACUUCAGGGAUUAAACAGAAGCACAUGAUGGUUCAGACCCCGUGAUUUCUCAGCGAGAGCUGCCUCAUGGACUCAGUCAUUUCCUUUUUCUAACCCCUUCCCCUUUCUCCUUCCUCCUCUGAACACCACCUUCUCCUCCUCCUUCUCUCCUGCAUCGCCGCUCCGUCCGUGAUGGCCUCCCCGCGGCUGGAGACGUUCUGCUGCCCGAACCGGGACGCUGCCACGGAGUUCGCGGUCUCCUUCCAGCCAGGCCCGUUCGGGGCUCUGAGUCUGGGCAGCGCCGCUGUGAGCCUCGUAUUCGCUGUUCUCCAGGUUCUGCCCAAGCGCAGAGGUUACAGGAGACUGGGACAGUACCCUCUGCCGAGGCCCGCCUCCUCCUCCAGAAUAUUGUUCAUCAUCAGUAUAUGUGACAUCCUGGGAUGCACAGGUAUCAUUGUCAGGUCUUCUGUGUGGCUGGGUGUGCCGAGCCUCAUCGAACGCGUCUCGGUGACCAACGACACAGACGUGUUGCCAGAAGCCUUCUGCGUUGGCAGCGCAAUGUGGAUCCAGUUGUUUUUCAGCGCUUCAUUUUGGUGGACCUUUUGCUAUGCCGUGGACGUCUUCCUGGUGGUGAAAACCUCUGCGGGGAUCAGCACCAUUGUCCUCUACCACAUGAUUACAUGGGGUCUGGCUGUGCUGCUGUGUGUUGAAGGCGUGGCCAUGCUCUACUACCCAUCCAUUUCUGACUGUGAACAAGGCCUCCAGCAUGCUAUUCCUCACUACAUCACCACUUACGCCCCUAUGCUGCUCGUCCUCACAGCCAACCCUGUGUUCUUUAGCCGGACCGUCUCCGCAGUUACAUCUUUAUUAAAAGGACGACAAGGAAUCUACACAGAAAAUGAGAGAAGGCUGGCUAACGAGAUAAAAAUACGCUUCUUUAAGAUAAUGCUGGUGUUCUUUGUUUGUUGGACUCCAAAUAUCAUCAAUGAGUGCCUCCUCUUCUACCUGGAGAUGCAGCCAGACAUCAAUGACAGCAGUCUUAGAAAUAUCAGGAAUGCUGCCCUCACCACAUGGUUUAUCAUGGCUUUCCUCAAUACUUUGGCCUUUCAUGGUUGGACGGGCUUGGAUGUGGACCUCAACCCACAGCGGAGCAGAGAGCUGGCCUGGGACUCGGGCUCUACCUCAGUGCCUAACACGAUGGGACAAAACCCAGUAGUGGGAACGACUCUGCUUUACCAGAGCCACAUUCAGGAAUUGCAGAAGGACACGAUGGGGAACGGACAGCAGCACUCUGAUGCCAUCAGUGUCCUCUCUGAAGGUUCAGAGUCUAGUACAGUUGAAAUCCACAUUUCCAGCGAGCUACGAGGGGACGUAGACGCUGACGGAGAAUCCUUGGAGAACUCUGUGAGACACUAGCUGGCCUCAUCAACACUCCAACUCCCUCUCCUUUUACAUCAUAUUGGUUUUCAGAAGUUAGAUCUUGAUAGUCUUAGUCAUGUCUUAUGAUGGCUGCUGCUCUUAAGAUAGGUGUUCUCACACAAUGAGUCCUUCUCUCUUUUGUAAAACCUUUAUUUUCCGCCAAACCUGUUAAAUCUGCAGUAUAGUUCAGUUUUUAACUGAUCAGCUAAACAGCUCCAGGAUUAUUUUUUCUUGUAGCUGUAAAGCUUGCAAAACAAACUGACAUUUUUUAUUAUCUAUUCAUAGACUGACCAUUUAGUGCUUGAAGAGAUGUUUCUACGGUCAAAUUCUAUUAAUUUAGCGCACCAUUCUUGUGAAAUGGAUUCCAUUCAUAAGCUAACAAGACACUACAAAUUCAUUAAGCUUAUCAUUUUGUGCUCUUUUUUUACCAAGGUUAUUGUAUUUGAAACUAUCAGUCUGUAUUUUUGCACAGGUCUAUAUUAUGUCAUAUUAAAUAUCUUGCAGAUUUGUC